AUGUGGAGACUGCAGCUCGCCUUAUGCACGCUGUCGGUCCUGUCCCUGUCAUACGCCGUUGGUGAAGGCAAAGCGAGGAGCUGUAGCGAGGUGAGACUGGCUUACAGCGCCAAAGGAUUCAGCCUCGCCAAUGUACCUCAUCAGGAAAUAUCAGGAGAGCACCUCCGCGUCUGUCCUCAGGGAUACACCUGCUGCACCUCCGACAUGGAGGACACGUUGCACCUGCAGAGCAAAGUGGAGUUCGAGAGUCUGGUGGAGGAGACCAGCCGCGACAUGAGGGCCACCUUUGUGUCCAGUCAUAAGAAGUUUGAUGAAUUUUUCCUGGAGUUGCUGGACACCUCGGCGAAGUCCUUAAACGGCAUGUUCAAGCAAACUUACGGAAAGCUCUACAUCCAGAACUCGGACAUCUUCCAGGACCUUUUCACAGAGCUGAAGCGCUACUACACCGGAGGCAACGUGAACCUGGAGGAGAUGCUCAACGACUUCUGGUCCAAGCUGCUGGAGCGCAUGUUUCAGCUGCUCAACUCGCAGUACCACUUCACGGACGAUUACCUGGAGUGCGUGAACAAAUACACGGACGAGCUCAAGCCGUUUGGGGAUGUACCGAGGAGACUGAAGGCCAUGGUGACCAAGGCCUUCAUCGCGGCACGGACCUUUGUGCAGGGCCUGAUGGUGGGCAGAGAGGUGGCCAACAGGGUCGCAAAGCUGGCGUACAACAGUUAUUGGGCACUUCAGGGUUUGUCCUUCACGGCUGCCACGGCUUAG